AUGUCUUUCUCACAAGUUACUAAUCCUGCCCAUACAGAAAAUGAGACAACUGAUAACACUAUUGAAGAAAAUAAUACACAGUCCACAACAGAAACUGUGACUACAACUGAUCAAACCUUGGAUCAAGAAUCCAAAACAGUGACUGAGUCGUUAAAAACGGAUCAAGCUUCCGAUUGGCAGGCCAUUUGGGAUGAUAAUGUUCAAGCGUAUUAUUAUUGGAAUACUGUCACAAAUGAAACAACAUGGCAAAUUCCCAACAGUAUAUCAUAUACAGAAGGCUCGUAUUAUCAAUGUCCUGCAAAUGACCCAACGAUUUCGGCUGACCAAGCUGCUAGUACAGCAACAGCAACUGAAGAAUAUUAUCAGUAUUAUUAUGCGCAAUAUGGGUAUUAUCCUGAAGGUUAUUAUUAUGGCUAUGAUACAGCCUCCACUGCUGUGACUGCUCCUUCUGAACCGCCGAACCCAUUGGAAUCCAUCCUUGAUAAAAUUGAUACUGAAGUUAAGUCAAAACUUGAUGGUAGUAGUUCUUCAUUACCUUCUUCCUCAUCUAUUUCUCAACACAAUGAACCCAAUGAGCAAUCCCAAGAACAAGAAAAAGAAUCUUCAACUUCGGACACGA